GAGACUAACACACGCGCCAUGAGCGGCCGCUCUAAGAGCGGGCCCAUUCUUAUAGCUUUCGCGGCCGCAUUUCUUCCACAAGCUGAAAAUGUCGCGGGUGUUGGCGGUGGAGGCAUGUUUGGAGAUGUCAAUAUAUCAGCUAUAUUAGAUUCAUUUAGCAUAAGUUACGACAAAAGAGUAAGGCCAAACUAUGGAGGACCACCCGUGGAAGUGGGCGUUACCAUGUACGUGCUCUCCAUCAGCUCUCUGUCUGAAGUCAAAAUGGAUUUCACACUGGAUUUUUACUUCAGACAAUUUUGGACCGACCCACGUUUGGCCUAUAAAAAACGACCAGGUGUAGAAACUUUGUCUGUUGGUUCAGAAUUUAUAAAAAACAUUUGGGUACCUGACACAUUUUUUGUAAACGAAAAACAAUCAUAUUUUCAUAUAGCAACCACAAGCAACGAAUUUAUACGCAUUCAUUAUUCGGGAUCAAUCACAAGAAGUAUCAGAUUAACUAUAACCGCAUCAUGCCCUAUGAAUCUUCAGUACUUUCCCAUGGAUAGACAGCUCUGUCACAUUGAAAUAGAGAGUUUCGGCUACACCAUGCGGGACAUCCGAUACAAAUGGAACGAAGGACCAAACUCUGUUGGAGUUUCGAGCGAGGUGUCGCUUCCGCAGUUCAAGGUUCUUGGUCAUCGUCAACGAGCUAUGGAAAUCUCACUGACUACAGGAAAUUAUUCAAGAUUGGCCUGUGAAAUACAAUUUGUUCGAUCCAUGGGAUACUACUUGAUUCAAAUUUAUAUUCCGUCUGGUUUAAUAGUUAUUAUAUCAUGGGUGUCUUUUUGGCUAAACCGAAAUGCCACUCCUGCACGAGUAGCUCUGGGCGUGACUACUGUGUUGACAAUGACUACACUUAUGUCUUCAACAAAUGCUGCACUCCCUAAGAUAUCAUACGUGAAGUCAAUUGACGUUUACCUGGGAACUUGUUUUGUGAUGGUCUUCGCCAGUUUAUUAGAAUAUGCAACGGUGGGAUAUAUGGCGAAACGAAUACAAAUGAGAAAGCAAAGAUUUGUAGCAAUUCAAAAAAUUGCAUCAGAGAAGAAAUUGCCAGUUGACUGUCCUUCCAUAGGAGACCCACAUACUCUUUCUAAACUGGGGACUUUGGGAAGAUGCCCACCGGGUAGACCCUCAGAAGUUCGCUUUAAAGUGCAUGAUCCUAAAGUUCAUUCGAAAGGCGGAACUUUGGAAAAUACUAUAAAUGGAGGUGGAAGAGGUGCAGAAGAAGAUAACCCAGGGCCACAUUCACACAUUCUACACCCAGGGAAGGAUAUAAGCAAACUUCUCGGUAUGACGCCAUCAGACAUAGAUAAGUACUCACGUAUUGUCUUUCCGGUUUGUUUCGUGUGCUUUAAUCUAAUGUACUGGAUCAUUUAUCUACACGUUUCUGACGUCGUGGCUGACGAUCUGGUACUUCUGGAAGAAGACUAAUAGAGGGUCUUUUCCUUAAAAUCCACUUAUUUUUUUACCAUGUAAAGUGUAAUAAUUUGAAACGUGGAAUUCAAAUUACAAAUGUCCAACAUGACCGGUGACCCCGGCCCAUCAGUAGAAAAGGCGUAUUCUUUCCGCCUGCCUACUGACGAGAAACAAAAAGCUGUGAUAAAUAUAGAUAGCUAAUGUUAUAUAUUUAUAAUUUUAAUACAGAGGCUAUUGACCGUUCAGUAGACUUAGGAAAAAUCUAGUAAAAUUAAGUUAGAACUGUUAGACUGUCAGAGAGAUAGUUCUGAAAGUCAAAGAGAUCUGAAAAUUUACACUGAAUAAUGAUACAGUUGUAAACUAAAAGACUUAAAAUUGCUUAUAUAAGAAACAUUUUAUAGAAAUACUUAACAGUACUAAUAAUAAGAUAUCUUAGGAUUAAAGAGUCAUACGAAUAUAAAGGAAUAAUAAAAACAAACAACGAGAUAGUUUGUUGAAAAAUUAAAAGAUCUAAUUAGGCUUACUGUUAAAGUAUCAGAUAAAUAUUUAUAAGUUGCUUGAAUCGGCCUUAAUAAUUAAAAAUAUUUAUCACUUCUACCUUCAAAUUAUUAUUUUCAUGGUAUAAAUGAGUGGACUCUGUAACUAUGGGUAAUCUAAUGCUCAAAUUGCCUUAAUUAUUCAUUAGUAGAUACGUACUUUUGUUGAACUUAUUUUAUUUGCAACUUCCUUUUUUUACUCAAAAUGUCAUGACAAUCAUUUCACUCCUGCUAUUCGUUAAUAUGUUCCAAAUGUAGAUUCUCGCAUAGCUAUUCAAUUACCUAUUGCUUAAUAUCAAAACUUGCAUGUCUGGUCUGGUAUUUAUUUAUACAUAUUUUAAUCGUUAUCUAUCUCUUUGACCUCAAUGAUUGUUACAUUUUUAUAUAGACGAUAAAUCAUGGUAGAAUAAUUUAAUAAUUCAAAAACAAAUUACAAGUCAAAGCAAUAAAAUAUAAUAUAAGGUAUUUUACACUAGAGUUAGCACAGGUGAGGAUUUUGCAUUGAAUAAGUAAUUUAAUGUUAUAAGAUAUAAAGUUCCUUAUUGAAAUGAACACUAGUCGUUGUUUAGCUACUUUAUUAAACAGUAUGUAACAUUAUUGAGAAGUUACAACACGAAUCACGAAUGUUAGGUUUAGUUUAAAAAUAUAUAUUUUUUUAUUAAGUUUCAAUGUUGCUUUUAUAACAUUUGUAUAGUAAAUUGCUUUUUUUUUCUAUUACAAUACUAAAAUAGUUAAAUAAAUAGAAAGUAACUAUCUUCCUAUGAUCAGGUACAAAUUUUAGGAUUUUUUUUUUAUUUAAUACCUUUUUUUUCCUAUAAAAGGAAAUGUUGUAAUGAAAUAAACUGCCAAUUUAACCUCGUUCAAGUAAAUAAGCUACAAAAACACAACGAUAUAGCAUAGAUUAAGUAAAUUGUUGUUGCCUUAAAUACAAAGUGCCGAAUAUCUAACCUAAAAAUUAAACAAAUACCUCAAUAUCUUAGUAAAUAAGAAUAGGUUAUUACAUCAAAAUAUAAAAUACGAAAUAAAUACGAGAUGAAGUGCCUGAAUAAAAUGUUGUUCUGUAUAUAUAUUAAUCUUUUUAAGAAGUAAAUUUUUCAUCAAAAAUCCCAUCUGUGCUUCUCUAGUCUUAAACUAAUAUUGGUUGCAUUAUUGUUUAUUUAUAAAUAGCACAAAACUUUUAAAUAUUCAUUAGUGGUAGAUGCAGGCUUAAUUACUUUAUGAAUUAAGUUUUUUUUUUCCUAAUCGGAUUGCUCUCAUAGUGAACCCACAUAUUGAGCAUUAGAAUCCGUGUUGUUGAUGUAGGAAAAUACUUAACUGAACUCGCUUUACAUAUGGGAAUCAAAGUAGCAAACUGUUAAUAGAUUUAUUAAUGGUACAACAAAAAAUUGUGAUUCCUGCGCUCCAACACAAGCAAUUUCCUUUAUCAACAACAGUUUUCCUCCAUUGUCUGAGACGCAGGAGAUCGGAUAUCAGAGACGACGGUUCGCGAUCACGAAUAGAGUAUAUCUUUAUUUGUGCUCCUAAUUUUCAAUAUAAAUGUAGAUAAAUGGGUUCAAUUGAACCAUGUUCAAAUUGUCACUGCCGCUAGUAGCGUAAUUAUGUAUAUUAGCUACUAGUAAAACAUAUAGUACAAGCUGAUAUCUACCAAUGAAAUGUAGUGAAUUAAUAAAGCCAUCUUAUGAGGAAUAUUCAAAAUAGGGAUAUAGGAACAUAGUCUAUUUAGUUGGUUGCAUAUUGUAUAAAAGUUAGUUAUAUUAUAUUGAUAUUAAAGUUUAGUUUUUAUACAAUAUUAUUAAGGACUACGAGAACGCACUUUAAAUAAAUUCUAAAUAAAAUAGUGAGAAAUAAUUAUUUAAGGAGAAAUGAAUGUGAAAAGUUGCACAGUGUCCAAUUACGAGUAUAUGUUUUGCAAACUAUGUAGAUAUUUAUUGUUUUUAAUUUAUUUCACAAAAUAUUCGUAAAUAAUAUAAGUUAUAAAAGUAUUAAUUUUAAUUUGGUUAAAUGGUAAAUAAUAGUGUUAUUUCUUUUAUUACUUUAUUAAGAACAACAAACUAAAAUUUAAUGAAAGUUAUCAAAAUUACUUUAUUCUCGGUUACGUAAAAAAUUAUAACUUAUUUUUCUUUGCUUAAAAAUAUAGCGAAAAAGGAUCUUACUUUGUCUGUUGUCUUUGAUUUUCUUUUUUAACUGUUAAGUAAAUCAAGUUUUAUAGAUUCAUUCGAACUUAUUUUAAUUAAAGUCAAAAGUUUUCUCCUCUAGUAAACAUACUUGUAUAUAUGAUUCUUUGCCAAUUAUUCCCAUGCAAUUUUUUAAAUUAUUUUUAACUUAAAUUAUUUUUAACUUUUUAAUCUCAUAAUUUUUAAAUAAUACUAAAUUGAAAUAUAAAACGAUUUCAAAAGUUUAUGUACUAUGGCGAUUUAAUGAGAUUUUUUUUUUAAAGAAAUUGUAAUAUUUUCAUUCGAAAAAAUGUUUAUGCAUAAAUGUAAACUAGUAAAAAUUCCAAUACUAGUAUAGUAUAAGUAGAUGGAGUAAAAAUAUAUCGCUGCUAGGUGAACAUUACGAGAGCAAUAAAAUAAGUAACACAAUUAAGGUAUAGGAUAUAACAUCACAUUAAUUCUUCCAAGCACAUAUAAACAUAGGGUUAUUAAUAAUAUAUGAUUGUAUUUUUAUAUAAAAUAUGUUAAAAAGAUUUUUAUUGCUUACCAUAAAUAAGAAAAUAAAUAGUGGAAUGGGAAAAAGGAAAAGUAAACAAAAAUAACUUGAUUCGAUUAAUCUGCCUAUAAAUGGUAUAAAAAAAUAUAUAGAAUAAAAUAUAUUGCAAUUUUGUUGACCGAGAGUUAAUUAUUUCCACAAAAGAAUUAAUUAUAAAUCUUUUGAGUAAUAUUUUUGGACAAAAAAAUUGGCAAGUUAUUAAAUUAUGAAAGCCGUAGUCCCUUUUGUAUUUUUUUAGAAUUAUAAUAAAUUAUAUACCUCCUAAUACCAUUCAAGAAAAACUGCAAGCAAUUGAAAUUAUUUGAGGUCAGGUCUAAAAAUUGCUUGACACGUAAAUAGUUAUAAUUAACAUAACACAUUGUUUAUUGUGUAAUAUAUAAUAUUUGUAAUAGUAUACAAAAGGUCUUUAAGUACUCUAUUAGUAACUGCUAGACUUUAGAUGAUAAAUUGAUCACAAAUAUCGAGACACUAAUAUUUAUAAUCUUACAUUUGCUAUAAAUUACAGUUAAUAUUAAACUUUAGUGAGUAUUGUAAUAAAGUUUUAAGUUCUUGUUAAGUCAUAAGAAACGUUUUGAUGUAUUAUAAUACUGUAUUUUAGCUAGUAUUUCAGCCAAAGUAACUGCAUUUUCAUGCACUCUUUAUUAAGAAUUUAAUGUUAUCACAAUAUUAAUAACUAGUGCACUUUAAAAUAUUAUAUGCUUUCUAUUGAAUGUAAUCCAGCCUCGUUAAUUGAUUGUGUUACUUGAUUCGAUACAAUGGAUGUCUUAAAUAAUCUGAUAAUUCUUGCCAUAUAUCAUAUUUGUCAAGGUACAUUUAAAAUAUGUUUAAAAUUAUUAGCAAAUAAGAAAUGUAAUUUAGUGUAAAUUAAUUAUGCUUACGAUUAUAAGUUAGAAAAACUGAAUAUCUGUCAAAUAUGCCUUAUACAGACGCACAAUACACAAUAAAAUAUAAUGUAUUACUAAUUUUGUGAAGGGAGAAAAGUAAGUAAUCUGGAAACGGCGUUGAUAUUAAAAUAUUGCUUGAUUGAUUGAUAUAUAUUUAGUGGAUUGUAAUUUUCAAGUUUUGAGAUUGAAUUGGAAAAAGUUUUAAAACUGCAACUUCAAACUGUCUAAAUGCUUCUACACAUUUUUUUUAUGUAAUUUUUAUCUAUUAAAAAUAAUUCUUUAAAUAAAGUUUUAUAAGUAAACUGAAUAUGAUCCUACAUAAAAGAAAGUUAUGGAACUCUAUGUUAGGGUUCCUUUAGUAGUUACAUCAAAUUAAUAAGUUAAAAAAUGGAUGAUAAUUUUAUAAUUUUAUAUGAUUAUAGUUGUCUAAAGUGGUAAAGCCUCAUAAUCGGACUGGCUCGACCGUGGUAAUAACUUCAAUAUCUACAUAACAUACGGUGAGUGAGACUACCGGACGCUUAACCUCCCCUUCUUCUCAUUUUACAUUUGUUUCUGUUCUUUCAUCCAAGUCUUACAUAUUACUUUAAUUUUUCUACCUAAUUCAUUACGUCAUUUUUUAUCACAAAUCCAAAAGGUACGCUGACACAGCUAUGAAUACAAUGCUAAAAAUCAAACACUGAAAGUUAAAUGACAUUUUAAUUGUUUCAUGUAUAAUAGCUAAUAAAGUAACAGUGUCAUUAUCACGACAACAAACUGCCUUAAAGUAGAUAAAAUCUAAUGUGAUUAACGUAUUACCUCAAUUAGAAUUUAAAGUAGGUAUUAAUAAGGUUGUAGAACGCUAGACAUGUUUAGAGUUGUAAUUUUAAGCUAACAAUGCAGAUCUGCGAAUAAACAACGCCAGUUAGCCUUUACAUAUCGAUAUCUUGGUGAUAUCAAUAAAAUUGUUUCGAUGUUAAUGUGCUAUCUGCGUGCGUAGCACAAAUUUUUAUCACCACCAUGAGUAUUCAUUUAUAUUAAUCACGACGGUAUCACCGUGAUUAAUAUAUGAAGUAAUUUACAUCGCAAUGUAUUAUCAACGUUUGUGUUGCCUGUUGCCAAUACAAACUUAUGGUAUCCACAUUGGGUAAGGAAUUGCAAACGAAAAUGUUAUUUUGAUUCAUAAUGUGAAAACUUAAAGUGAAAUUUAAGGGAGAUUAAAUCAACGAUAUCAAUAAUUGGCUGUUUUUGUAAAUAAAAAUAUCGGACUUUAAAUAAUUAGAUAUAAUAUCUAUGUAAGUCUUUAAAUAGCAUGAAGUAUUACCCUGUUAAAAUCUUUGGAAAAUGUUAUAUAUGUACAUUGUAGAUGUGAUCAAACAAAAAUUUGUUAUCGUUGAUAAAUUGUACAGUGAUAUUAUAAAUAACAUUUAAUCAACAAUUAUACUUAUAAAUGUUGAUGAAAUAAAAUCUAAUACAUAUUAAUAAAGAAAUAUAUUUAAAGGAACGAAAGUGUGGGGGCAAAAAUAUAACACUUAGAAUUAUCGAUAAGAUUGACACAUUUUUAUUUGAAACAAUCAGUUUAUAUACUUCAUCAUUCCAUUAUCAAUCAGCCUGGAGUUUUGUAAUUAUUUCUUCAUAUACCAUUUUGAAUUUAAAAAAAUUAACUUUUUAGCUCAUCAGAAGAUACUUUUAAAAUGUAAAUCGCAAACACCGACAUAACUCGAAAUACAAUAUAAUCAUGAUGCUGAUAUAGUACAAAUUAUACACUUAAAAAUUUGGAAACGUUUUUAAGUGUUAAAUUGUCGUAUCAAAGUUUUGUAACAUUGUUGUGUCUUUAGAUAUUAACAACAUUUGCUCUUAUUAUUAAGAUUUCUAAUCUUUAUAACAUCACAUGUCAUUUUAAUUUAUUUAUGAUUAGAUUAUAACUAGUAAUGUAGAUUAAAACGGGUAUGCAUUAAAUCAACAAUUCACUAAA